GCUCUGACGCACCAAUGGAGAGCUAACGGACCUGCACUGGCGCAGACGGACUGUUGACAUACACAAACCAUCAGCGGGGAGUCUGGGACUUUGUCUUUCUAUUUUUUUAACAGAAUUUCUUUUAAACGUUUUGACAGUGUGUUCAUUCUAUUUGACCACCUUUUUUUUAUCGAAGUGAGGACAAGUGCCGCAUUAACAGAUCACAAUGAUGACCAAACCUUAUGGAAAACCAGGGGAUGUGACUGAACUAGUCAGCUCUCUCGGAUGGAUGGAGGAAGACCUCAGCUCACAGGAUGGUGACCGGACACCUGAGAUAGGUCACUAUGCUCUACACAGGAGGCCUGUAGAGCUUGGCAGUGAGGAUAUGGAGGAAGAGGAGGAGGAGGAAGAGGAAGAAGUAGGUCUCGACGGAGAAAAGGCACCCAAGCGAAGAGGUCCUAAAAAGAAGAAAAUGACCAAAGCCAGACAAGAACGCUUCCGUGCCCGACGCGUCAAGGCCAACGCCAGGGAACGCUCACGCAUGCAUGGGCUGAACGACGCAUUGGACAACUUGAGGCGCGUGAUGCCUUGUUACUCCAAGACCCAGAAGCUCUCCAAAAUCGAGACCCUGCGGCUGGCCCGCAACUACAUCUGGGCACUAUCAGAGGUUCUGGAGAGCGGCCAGUCACCCGAGAGCCUUGGUUUUGUGGAGAUGCUAUGCAAGGGGCUUUCGCAACCUACCAGCAACCUUGUGGCGGGCUGCCUCCAACUUGGACCCUCGUCCAUGCUGAUCAACAAGCUGGAUGAGAAGUGUGGGGUUCCGGGAGUUGGUGGUCCUCAGGGUCACCCCAUCAGCUAUCCUUCACCGGGACUUCCCAGUCCACCCUAUGGCUCGUUGGAGGCCUCACACUUGCUUCAUCUGAAGGGCUUCAAGGGGGCUAGCUACGAAAACUCCUCACCCAACGAAUGUAGCAGCGGCACGCCACCUUACGACGGCCCUCUUACUCCACCACUCAGCAUCAGCGGUAACUUCGCCCUCAAGCAGGAGCCUUCACCGCACGAGGCUGAGAGGAACUUUACCCCUCACCCGACCCACGCCGCCCAUUACAUCUCUUCUCACCCUUACCCUCCUUCCUCCUUGGCUGGUCUUCCAGCUCCUCAGGGUCACCCGCUGUUCCCAGGCUCCCGUUUUGAGCUUCCUUUAGACAUGGCUUUUGAGCCGUUUACCCCUUCACACAUUGUGACAUCACAGAUGAGCAGCAUUUACAGCGAAUAAACAGAAACGACCACCAGAGACACUCAGCAAUUCUGCCUCCCGCUCCUCAGUGUGCCUCAAGGGGCACAGCACAUUUAAGGAGACACUUUGCAUGUAUCCUGUCUGAUCCCUUAAGAGACCAUAGUGGUCACUGAGAGAGAGUAUGUGAAACGCAACCUACCUGUGGCAACCGAAGUACUGAGAAAGAGAUGCAUAUUUUUUUGUUAAUUUAUUCUUGUUUCUGUCAUGAUUGAGUUUGUUACUUCUUUAAAUGUUAUUUUUAAUUGUUCUGGGAUUUGUAUUUUGUAAUCACUCGAUGUUCUUCACCUCAAAUAAGAUGACGACUUUGGUGCACGUGCCAUAAAAGUGCAUCAAAACUGACAAAUAGACAAGAUUUUUAAACGCAUAUAAGAGCCUCAGUAUUUUUCAGCACUGUUCAACCAGAUGCUAUUUUUCCACUUAACAAAACACACAAAACAUAAAUAAAUAAAAAGAAAGAAUGAAGGAAAAGGACAAAUUUAGUACAUUACAUUUGCCAUAACGAAUGCAUUUAUUUAUGACUGUAUUUAAUAUUUAUUUUGAUUUGUCAGCACUGUUUUUAUUGGUUUGUUGGUACACUGCCAGUCACUGCUACCAAUACUCAUAAAGUAUCUAAUUUAUUUAUUGGAAUUCAUUCAGUUUAAUGUAUUUUUUUUGUCAUUCUCCACAAUAUUUGUAAUUUUGCUCAAGCGUUUGUAAAUAUUUACC